UACACUUGGUUACCUGCACCUAUCGUCACAGAUGCGGUAGAGAUUUUUGUUUAAUCCAAUUCCGAAUUCCAAUAUUCCAUACGCAUCUGUUUGUCAAAAUAAAAAAAAAAUAAAAAACUCAAUCAAACGUUUUAUAUAAGAAACCCACUUGGGUUUCAAGAAUCAUCAAUAGCCCUGCGAAUUUCAUGGAAGAACACUAAUUCAUUUUCUUUUUGUGUGUUGGGUUCUUUGUAUAAAUUAAAAUAUCUCCACCACUUAACCCCAUUCUGCUUCACACCGAUAUACGCAACCCUUUAUUUGCGUAUAAUUGGUGUGAAGACUGAAUUCUGCCAUUGAAUUGAAUUAAGUGGGGGGGGGGCUCUGGCUUUGGAAACCGUUUUGCUCAUUCAAAGAGAAAAAGAAAAAGAGUUUGUAAUGGACGAUGAACAUAAUAACGGUGUUUAUGGGCAAAGCCCUUCUUAUCGUAAGGAGAAAACAGAGGAUCAGCACUCUGUUGUUAUUCCUGAUACUGCCCAUCAAGUCAGCAACGACUCAUGGUUUCAGGUAGGAGUUGUUCUGAGCAUGGGUGUCAACAGCGCGUAUGCACUAGGAUAUUCUGGCACAAUCAUGGUUCCUCUAGGUUGGAUUGGCGGUGUAGUUGGUUUAGUUUUGUCCACAAUUGUCUCUUUGUAUGCAAGUUCUCUUAUGGCUAAGCUCCAUGAAGUUGGAGGGAAGAGGCAUAUCAGAUAUAGAGACCUCGCCGGAUUCUUGUAUGGUCGGACUGCUUAUAUGCUUAUAUGGGCAUUACAAUAUGCGAAUCUCUUCUUGAUAAAUAUUGGAUAUGUCAUCAUGAGCGGUUCAGCCUUAAAGGCUUUCUAUAUUAUCUUUAGGGAUGACCAUCAGAUAAAGCUGCCACACUUUAUAGCAAUAGCUGGAUUAGCAUGCAUCCUCUUUGCCAUUGCAACACCACAUUUAUCAGCACUGAGGGUUUGGCUCGGGUUUUCAACACUGUUUAUGAUACUGUAUCUCAGCAUAGCAUUUGUGUUGUCCGUUAAAGAUGGUGUAAAGGCUUCUCCUAGGGACUAUAGCAUUCCAGGAUCAGGAGCCAACACAAUUUGGGCAAUUAUUGGUGCGACUGGAAACCUUUUCUUUGCAUUUAACACUGGAAUGAUCCCAGAGAUACAGGCUACAAUCAGACAACCUGUCGUUCGAAAUAUGGUGAAAGCUCUUAACUUUCAGUUUACAGUGGGAGUUGUUCCCAUGCAUGCUGUUACUUACAUUGGGUAUUGGGCAUAUGGAUCUGGCGUUUCAUCCUACUUGCUCAACAAUGUCCAUGGUCCAGAUUGGUUAUUGGGAGUUGCUCACUUGUCUGCCUUCUUCCAAGCUAUCAUUACCUUGCAUAUAUUUGCAAGUCCAACAUAUGAGUUUCUAGAUACUAAAUAUGGAAUCAAAGGAAGCGCCUUGGCUCCGCGCAAUCUUGCAUUCAGACUGUUUGUCAGGGGUGGUUACCUUAUCAUGACCACUUUCCUAUCAGCUUUGCUACCUUUCCUGGGGAACUUCAUGAGCCUUACUGGUGCUAUCAGCACAAUUCCGCUCACGUUCAUACUCCCAAACCAUAUGUACCUUGUCGCGAAGAAAAACAAGCUAUCAAGCUUACAGAAGAGUUGGCAUUGGCUAAAUAUUCUGGUCUUUGGUUGCAUGUCAGCUGCUGCAUUUGUAGCUGCCUUGAAGCUUACCAUACUACAGACUCAAACUUACCAUGUCUUUGCUGAUUUAUAGUUUUUCUUUGCUGUUUGGGUGAAUUGGAAGUUGUUCCAAGGUCUAAAUUUCUUUGUUAGCGAGUAUUAUUUGGCAUUAAUAGAAAAUGCAAUUUCGGUUGCAUUGACGAUGAUCUGUCAAGCUAGCUCAAAAUUCGAAGAUAUUAGCGACCAGGUUUUGCUAAUUGAUGCUGCUCAGGCAGUUAUAUCCAUUUGUUGUUAGGUUGUAAGAGCCUGGCUCGCUAGUGAUAUUGUUCGGUUUUGGCGUAGCCAGUACAUUUUAUAAUGGAGCUUUUGCGUCUUUCCGAUUUUGGGGUCA